CCUUCUUCUCUUGCUCUUCUUUCCCGAAAAUAUGUCGACACUCUCUGCCUAUUCUCUUUCUCUUUAUGCAUCCAGCUUUGAUUAUUUAAGACACCAUUACCAACAUCCGUCUACGCUUUCAGACUGUUCUAUUACGUCUUCAACUAUCUGUUUCUGUUUUUAUGUGCAUAAAUGCAGAUUCCUAUUCGCUGAGAAAUCCCAUCGACAACCCCUUUCAUUCUUAUAACCAUUAUUUAUACCAACUCCAUUCACUUCCCAUGAUAUCCAUCGAGGAACUCUGGGAGUUGCAGUUUUUCGAUUACUUUCGAUCAAAAACUCAGGUUUUUCCUGGCUCAUUUUUGCAGAAAAUCUCGGAUUCAAUGGUGACAGCCAACUGCAAAUCCGCUGACCUUGAAACCUGCCGUGACGAGGAGGGGGCGUUUACGCUGAAAUUCGUUGCUAUAGCUUCUAUUUUGCUCGCUGGAAUUGUCGGAGUCGCCAUUCCUCUUGUGGGCAAGCACCGUCGUUUUUUACGCACCGACGGAAGUCUCUUCGCCGCCGCUAAAGCUUUUGCCGCUGGUGUAAUUUUAGCCACCGGUUUCGUGCACAUGUUAUCCGGAGGUUCCAAUGCUUUGAAUGACCCGUGUUUGCCCGAAUACCCAUGGUCCAAGUUCCCGUUUUCCGGAUUUUUCGCGAUGGUGGCUGCUUUGCUGACGCUGCUUGUUGAUUUUGUGGGAACUCAGUAUUACGAGAGGAAACAGGGGCCGACCGGGGCGACUGAUGAGCAGGAUCGGAUCGGGUCGGUUGAUGCAUUGUCGGAGUCGUGUAUUGUUCCGGUGGUGGACAACAAGGAGAGGAAUGCGAAGGUGUUUGGAGAGGAGGAAGGCGGUGGCAUGCACAUUGUGGGGAUGCAUGCGCACGCGGCGCACCAUAGACAUAACCACCCUCAUGGGCAGGACGCUUGUGAGGGACUCGUCAAAGUCAAGGAUCAAUCGGCCCAUGUGCCCAUAAACGGGCACGGUCACGAUCACGGCCAUGGACAUAGCCACUCGCACGGAUUCGGUAAUGGGGACGAGGAGAAUGGUGUUCGGCACGUCGUCGUUUCGCAGAUUUUGGAGCUUGGAAUCGUAUCACAUUCGAUCAUUAUUGGGAUUUCACUUGGAGUUUCACAGAGUCCAUGUACAAUAAGGCCUUUAAUUGCAGCACUAUCAUUCCAUCAGUUCUUUGAAGGGUUUGCACUUGGGGGCUGCAUUUCCCAGGCACAAUUCAAGGCUUCAUCAGCUACACUAAUGGCAUGCUUUUUCGCCAUCACAACCCCUUUAGGUAUUGGCAUUGGCACUGGAAUUUCUUCAGUUUACAACCCCUACAGCUCAGGUGCUUUGAUUGUCGAAGGCAUCUUAGAUUCCAUGUCGGCCGGAAUUCUGGUUUACAUGGCUUUAGUGGAUCUAAUUGCUGCUGAUUUUCUGAGUAAGAGGAUGAGCUGCAACUUUAGACUUCAAGUUGUUUCAUAUUUCACGCUUUUUGUUGGAGCUGGAUCCAUGUCUUUGCUUGCAAUCUGGGCUUGAACAUCUCAAAAUGACUAUCUUUUAUCGUUCAUUGUUUCCGAGGAGAGGAGAGGAGGGGAAGCGGCAGAAAGUGCCCAGUUAGGAGAUAGAGGAACUGUAAAAUGUGUGACGAUGGACCGAUGGUAUCGUUAGAUAUAAACGGCCUCUGGAGGAAAUUGGUUUAAAGUGUAUUUUCUAGAAAGUAGGUUAGGUUAAUUUGAUAAAUAAAACGUUGUGAAUAUUUAUUAGAGUAGAAAAAAUAAACAAUUCCGAAUUGUGUCAAGGCCAAUCUGAACAUAAUUCAGAUUGGGUUAAAAUUGAAAAUUUUUUACACAAUCUAAUUCAAAUUGGGUUAGUGUUGAGGGGACUCUUAUACAAAAUUUAAACUAAUGUGAUAUGAGCACAACUCGACACAUCUUAACUGUUUUUGUUGUCUCA